AUGAAUAAAAUCGAACACGAUGAAACAUUGAUAGAAAUCAAAAGGUCGAGAGUUGGUAGAGGAGGAACUGAUCUACUUAAAAAGAUAAAUGAAUACGAAGGCGAAAAUUGUUAUAUACCUACAGAUGGUCACUGUUUUAUCAAAUGCGUCAAUCGUGUUUUGAACAAAGAUUUAACGUGUAAAUUUCAAGAAUACAUCAACGGGUUUUCAAAAGCAAAUAGAAAAGGAGUGAUGACUUGUGCUAGAAUGAAGGAAUUCAACAAGAAAUUUAACACUUCGUUUCAAAUUUAUAAUCCCAAAAACAGACAUUUUCAUCCCAGAGACGUUCACGAUGAAUUAGAUUGGGUUUUUUACUUACACAAUUCGCAUUUCUGUCUGAUUAGAAGAAGCCAAAAAAGUUUGGGAAUUCAAGAAAUAGAAGACAAUUACGAACAGGUGUGGAAAACGUGUAGAGACGACAACGCAGUAACACAGGUUUCACCUCUCAAACUAAACGUGCUUUCGAGUAUGAGUGAUGAUGCGUUAUUCGCUUGGGAUUGCGAAACGUAUUCAGAAAAAAAAAGUCGAAGAGCAAUUUCUUAUGCCUGCACUUUAAUUAAUUUAGAAAAACUAAGAAAAAAGUUAGAAAAAAAUAUCUUUCCUACUGAUAAUGUUCCAGAAGAAUUUCAUGAUAAACUAAUGAAUGUAGUAGAACUAUUUGUAGGUACAGAUUGUAUAGAUCAAAUGUUGAAAUAUUUAGGUCAAUAUGAUAGAAAGAGAUUAAUAUUAAUUUCUCAUAACGGCAGUGGUUUCGACAACUGGAUCGUGCUUAAAAAUACAAAAAAACUAACGCAUUGCCCUUUAAAAACACCCAGAGGAAUUCUAUCUUUUCCUUUAUCUAAUCCAUACACAGAUGAAGAUUUACAGAAAAUAUGGAAAAGACAGAAAGAAAUAAAGGGUAAUUAUUUACAACAUAUUAAUUUCACGUGUUCCUAUCAACACGAAUCCUCUAGUUUGGCUGCAUGGGGAAAUUCUUCCAAUCUGCCCGCGAAUUUGAGAAAGAUUGCCGACGUAGAUAUCGCUAAAUACACGCAAGACAACUGGGAGGAAUUGAGACACGAAUGGGAACCUUACGCCAAGAGAGACACUCUCUGUUUGGGAGCUUGUUUGAUAAAAUACAACCAAGUCACGAAAGAAGUUGUAAACCAAAAUAUGUCAAAUAAUCUAACGGCUCCAUCUUUAUCUUUAAAGGGUUGGUAUUAUUUAUAUCAUUACGAUAAAGAAAUGGUGGAAGAAGAAUGGUAUGAAACUACUAGAAUGGUUGCGAAACAUACCGAAAAAGAAAAUAUAGAAAAAGUUUAUUCGCACACUAAUCCUUUUAUAAGAAAUUUUAUCAGACAAUCUAUUAAAGGAGGAAGAGUUUCGGCAAAUAGAAAAUCAUUUGAAACGAACAAAAUGGAUGAAAUUUGUAACGGUUGGUAUUAUUUAUAUCAUUACGAUAAAGAAAUGGUGGAAGAAGAAUGGUAUGAAACUACUAGAAUGGUUGCGAAACAUACCGAAAAAGAAAAUAUAGAAAAAGUUUAUUCGCACACUAAUCCUUUUAUAAGAAAUUUUAUCAGACAAUCUAUUAAAGGAGGAAGAGUUUCGGCAAAUAGAAAAUCAUUUGAAACGAACAAAAUGGAUGAAAUUUGUAACGUAUUAAAGGAAUAUAUUUCACAAACAGAAAGUAAUAACAUAAUUGAUUUAUUCAAAGAAUACAGCGCAAGCACAAAAGACAAAACGGAGGUUCAUUCGAGACUUAAACAAAUAGAAUGUACUAAACUAAUGGCAUUUGAUGCUAACGGUUUAUACGCUUCCGCCAUGUCGGAUUUAGACAGUGAAUAUCCGAGAGCGGAAAGUGGAAGACCGUUUCUACCAGAAGAAGAAAAAGAAUUUGUAAAACUCUUCAAUAAACAAAAAUUCAGACCUAGAACAGCUAUUUUAACAGUGUGGUUUGACUAUCCCACAAACAUGUUCUUCCAACCGAUACCAGUUAAAGAUAAAAUCACUUUCACGAAUAAAGGAGAAAUAGCGAAAGCCGGUGGAAGAAUUAUUAGAAUAUUAGAUGGUAUAGUUUACAAAGAAAAUUUUAAAACUCCACCCUAUAGAGAUUAUAUUUUAAUUUUGAGAGAUCUAAGAAAUAAAUAUAAACGAGAAGGUAAUAUCGUGGGUAGUAAUUGCAUGAAAUUAUUGGGUAAUUCCUUGUAUGGUAAAUCAAUUCAGAAAGACAUAUUCACAACUAGACAUUUAUGGAAUGAAGCAACUUUACAGGCCAACUUUGAUUCACGUGUUAAAACCUAUGAGAAAAUUAAUGAUACUCAAUAUAUUGUUGAAACAGAAAUUGAAGAAGAUAGUAAAUCUACACGACUAACACGUAGUCAUUUGGGAUCAUUCGUUUUAUCUCACAGUAAAAAAAUAAUGAACAAUUUCAUUCACGUCAUAAAUGGAUUUUAUAAACCCGAAAUAUACUAUACCGACACCGAUAGUUUGUACAUUUCAUCCAACAAUUGGAAAAAACUAAACAGAGCUGGUUUGGUCUCCGAAAAAGACUAUUGCAAAGGUAAAAACGAUUACGGUGACGGUGGAAUUAUAUUUGGUUUAUAUUUAGCACCAAAAGUCAAAUACAACAUCGUUUUGACUUCUGAUGGUGUCUUAAAAGAAAAGAAAACGUUUAAAGGUUAUUCUAAUGAUAAGAUAAGUGUAGAAGAUUACGUUCAGUUAGCAAGCGGACAUGAUGUGUCGAACGAAUUUAAUAAACCGUGGGAAAAAAGUUUCACCAAUGGAGUAGUUAUUCCAAACGAUAAACAAACUAAAGUUUUUAGAAGUUAUUUGAAUAAAGUUAAAAGAAAACCACCAAACAGUGAAGGAAUUAUGUAUCCUUACAACGACAAAGAUGAGUAUAGUUUUGAUGAAAACUAUGAAUUUGAUGAUUUCGAUUAUCUUACUAUUCAAGAAGAGAAUGAAGAUUGUUUUAAAUGA